AUGUUAGGCGCUGCAGGGCUCUUUCGGUGUGGACGACGAGGGCAACCUCGUCGGCAGAGAGGAGGUCACAGUACAGCUGCUCAAGUGUCUUUGUCAUGGCCUGCGGUUAAACGGACUGCCGUCAAGGCGGUAGCGUAUGAACACAGCAUCAUCAUCGUCAAGGUCGUCAGUGGCCUGUUUAAGCAUCAUGCUGAAAAAGAUGCUGAAAAAGAUGCUGAACAUAGUCGGUGCCAGGACACAACCCUGUUUCACGACGUUGCGAUGGGGAAGGAUACGGAUAGGUCGCUUAUUGUUCGGCUGCUUGAGAAGCUGUUCGUUGACCGAGGAAAGCCAACUGGGGAUGAGAGAAUAGCUUUGGUUAGGCCACCUUCUCUAGGCCCUUCUUCUGCAGUUCUGUCCCUAAAGGAGCUGCCGGGUAAUGCUGUCGUCUCAGAGUGGUUUCCUUCUUUUUCUUUUUUUUUUUUGUCAGUUAAUUUUCUCCAUCUUGCUGAUGAGUUUAUUUCAUGCGUUGAUAAGUUUUCUUCGCAGCUGUUAACCGCUUCUGACUCAACUUUAUAUGUAAGUUUUCUAUCGAAUAUGGUUAUUACUUUUUUCUACCGCCGAGUUUCGUCACUGCUAAUCUAUCUCUUUAUAUUCACUUUUUCUCGAAACAGACGUGAAACACUUCUAUCUACCCUUCUUUCUUUCUUUCUUUCUUUCUUUUUUUUCUUUCUGUUUUUCUUUUUUUCUUUCUUUUUCAUUUUCUUUCCUUUCUUUAUUUCUUUUUCUUUCUUUCUUUCUUUCUUUUCCUUUAUUUCUUUUUCUUUCUUUGUUUUUUCUUUCUUUUUCUUUUUCUUCCUUUCUUUUUCUUUUUUCUUUUUACUUCUUUUUUUUCUUUCUUUCUUUUCUCAUUGA